ACCGGCCGUGCUUCUUACGUUCCAUUUCGGACAAGUCUAAAUAGCGCACAAAAAAGGUAAUUACUACACGUAAGUCUUACGUCUCGUUCAUGCAACAAUGCGUGGGCCACUUCAAGUAGAUCAUAAUAAACAAACUCCGCUAAGCUUACUUUCUGCUUGCAAUAAUCUUUAGCGGAAACGUAAGUGAGCUGGUUGGUUACCACUUUCCCCCUCUUUGGCACAUUACACGGUCCGAUUGAGAAUCCAGUAACUCCUCGCAUUGAGGGCCACUGAGCGGUGUAUUGUGUUCGGACGUGUCAUCACAGAUAUGCGGUAAGUUACUAUGGGAUGCCAGAUGACGGUUUUUUUUAACAUCUCCCCUACAAUUAAUGCGGAUGUGCUUGAGACCAAACGUGCUCAGUGUUAUGUUUUAAUUUGUCGUACCCAAUGGGUAUAAAGCUGAUCGUACUGAUGGGCCUGCUGCUGGGGGUGCUGUACUGCAUUCACCUGCUGGUCCAGGACUACCAGGCGCUGUCCGCGCCACGAAUGCUGUUCAGGUUCCUCUUCAAAAGGGAUGUCAACGCCCAAAACUAUACGAAGCCACACGUUCGCUGGAGAAGGAUUCUGCUUCACGAUCCAAUCCAGUGCGCCCGUUACCUGUACUGCGACCUGGGCGCGCGGCCGGCCGACACUGAGCCGAGGAAAGGAUUCGUGGUCAUGCUGACAUUAGAUCCACAUGCAGAGGAUAAGCUUUCUCACGAAGUGUUCGCGAAAGCUUACGAGUCGGGCAAGUUAAACAGCGAUGCAGAAUAUUGCAAGAAGAAAUACUACAUGUGCCCUUUCGACGCGGGGUUCCUUUUUGAGAUAAUACAAUACCUGCUUAAAACUUAAGCGAAGUAGGUAUAUGGAUGUAAAUAUUUUGCUAAGCCUUACCUCC